AUGGGGCGGAGAAGAUCACGAGCGAGGCCGCCGGGGCAGUUACCAGCGAGGCCGGCGCCACCCGUGCCACAUAGCCAUUGGAAGGAGUUACCAUUGGACCAGUGCGACGCCGUGAACCGCCUCGUGGCCUACUUCUCCGUGCCCUUUUUCGCCUUCGACUUCGCCGCGCGCAUCGACCCCUUCGCGCUCAGCUACCGCGUCCUGGCCGCCGACGCGCUGGCCAAGCUCGCCGUCGUGCUCUCCCUCGCCACCUGGGCCGCCGCCGCCGCGUCCGCGUCCGCGCACCGCGGCGCCGCCGCCGGGGGCGGCAAGGGCAAGGACAGGGCCGUCUCGUGGUGCAUCACGGGGUUCUCGCGUGCCGCGCUCAACAACACGCUCGUCGUGGGCGUGCCGCUUCUGGACGCCAUGUACGGCAAGUGGGCGCGCGACCUCAUCGUGCAGAUCAUCGUGUACUUCCCGGCCCUGCUGCUGGCGUUCGAGGCCAGGCGCGCGUGGGGCGCCGGGAAGCCGGCCGCGGCGGAGGGAGCUGCUGAGGGUGACGUGGAGGAAAGCGGCGAGACGGCGGCGCGGUCGUUCUGGCCACUGGUUAGGGCGGUGUGGAUGAAGGUGGCGAGGAACCCGAACGUCUACGCGGGCGUCCUCGGCGUCGCGUGGGCGUGCGUCACCAACAGGUGGCACAUCGAGACGCCGAGCAUCAUCGAGGGCUCCGUGCUCGUCAUGUCCAAGACCGGCGUUGGGCUCUCCAUGUUUAGCAUGGGUAACGAGAGCCCGACGAGGCAGUUUGACGUGCAGCCGUGCACCGUGCACACCCUGUAUCUUCUAACUUUCUGGACCAACAAGUCCCACAAGAACCAUAGGUUUCCGAACAUUGGAGUUUGA